UUAGCUGCCAGCCCUGGCCCAUCAUGUAGCUGCAGCACAGCCUUCCCCAACGUUGCAACUGGGAGAAAAAUCACUUUCCAGUCUGUUUUGCAAGGUGUGCAUUUCCACCUUGAUUCUCUGAAAGUCCAUCUGCUGCAUCGGUCAAGAGAAACUCCACUUGCAUGAAGAUUGCACGCCUGCAGCUUGCAUCUUUGUUGCAAAACUAGCUACAGAAGAGAAGCAAGGCAAAGUCUUUUGUGCUCCCCUCCCCCAUCAAAGGAAAGGGGAAAAUGUCUCAGUCGAAAGGCAAGAAGCGAAAUCCUGGCCUUAAAAUUCCAAAAGAAGCAUUUGAACAACCUCAGACCAGUUCCACGCCACCUCGAGAUUUAGACUCUAAGGCUUGCAUUUCUAUUGGAAAUCAGAACUUUGAGGUGAAAGCUGAUGACCUGGAGCCUAUAAUGGAACUGGGACGAGGUGCGUACGGGGUGGUGGAGAAGAUGCGGCACGUGCCCAGCGGGCAGAUCAUGGCGGUGAAGCGGAUCCGGGCCACUGUAAAUAGCCAGGAGCAGAAAAGGCUGCUGAUGGAUUUGGACGUUUCCAUGAGGACCGUGGACUGUCCAUUUACCGUCACCUUUUACGGAGCACUCUUCCGGGAGGGUGAUGUGUGGAUCUGCAUGGAACUCAUGGACACGUCGCUAGAUAAGUUCUACAAACAAGUUAUUGAUAAAGGCCAAACAAUUCCAGAGGACAUCUUAGGGAAGAUAGCAGUUUCUAUUGUAAAAGCCUUAGAACAUUUACACAGUAAGCUCUCUGUCAUUCAUCGAGACGUCAAGCCUUCUAACGUGCUGAUUAAUGCCCUGGGCCAAGUGAAGAUGUGUGACUUCGGCAUCAGCGGCUACCUGGUGGACUCUGUUGCUAAAACAAUCGAUGCGGGUUGCAAACCAUACAUGGCCCCUGAAAGAAUAAACCCAGAGCUCAACCAGAAGGGAUACAGCGUGAAGUCUGACAUUUGGAGUCUGGGCAUCACCAUGAUCGAGCUGGCCAUCCUCCGGUUUCCUUACGAUUCCUGGGGGACUCCUUUUCAGCAGCUCAAACAGGUGGUGGAGGAGCCGUCGCCACAGCUCCCUGCAGACAAGUUCUCCGCAGAGUUCGUUGAUUUUACCUCACAGUGCUUGAAGAAGAAUUCCAAAGAGCGGCCUACAUAUCCAGAGCUUAUGCAACAUCCAUUUUUCACCCUACAUGAAUCCAAAGCAACAGAUGUGGCAUCUUUUGUGAAACUGAUUCUUGGAGACUAGAAAGCAAUGGACUUAACUCUGUCGACCCUACUGUGGAUUGGUGGGUUUAUGGGAUGAAGCACGUUCACUACAGCGCCAAUAGAGAGUCAUCUUCGAGAUUUUACUCUGCCUCUCCAAGGGUUUUCUCUCCCUGUUUUCUUUUCUUUUUCCCCUCCUAAGGGGGCCUUGGAAUCUAUAGUUUUUAGAAUGAACUUUCUAGAUGGAUGAAAUAUGAUAAAGGCUUAGGACUUGAAAAGGUGAUUAAAUAUUUAAUGAUGUGUCAUAUGAGUCCUUAAGCUUCUCAGAUUUCUCUUGAUCUUUAUGAAAUGAAUGCAUUGUCCCUGGUAAUAAGGUGCUACAGUAGUGAUGGAACUGUAAGUAGAUUUGUAGUUUGUCCCAUUUAUUAUUUUAAUAUUUAUGUUUAAGUGCUUGGUUGGAAAGAUCCCACUUUACGCAAGAAGGGAGAUACAGAAGACAAGGUUGGGUUGGCAAUAUUUAUGGGGCUUUUAUUUUUUGAGUUCAAUCGUGUCUAUGUUCCAGAAGAAAUUAUUUAAUAUGCAUCUUUAAGGAUAUUGUAAAAAAAAAAAAAAUCUCAAAAAGGAGCUGUUCCUGUGAAAUGUCUUUUCCUCUCUCCCAAACUUCAACUCCACCUUGGGUAAUGACAGUGUGUUUUAAGUGAGGUGUUGAGGUAUCCUGCUCUUUUUCCAAGUUUGGAAAACAUGAAAAUCACUUUUAUCACAGCUCAAAGAAAAAAAUUUGAUUCUCUUGACAUUUGUGGUAUAGCAUCAGUGGAAAGUGAUUUGUGAUGUGAUUUUAUAUCUACCCGUAUAUCCAUCUGUGUGUGUGUGUGUGUGUGUGUGUUUGUGUUUGUGUGUGUAUGUGUGCGCAUGCACUUGGUAAGUCAGCUUCCACCAAGGCGCCUUUGUGAACAUCCGUGUUUUGUAAGAAGGACACUUAUUGGUCAUGAGGGGAGAUACUGCAGACUGCAGAGAGAAUCUGUGCCUUCUUCUGCUUUUGUUCCUCUUGCUGUGGAGACGUCCUGAGGACUAUCUUUGUAAUCAGUGUACUCUUGCUUUUUUCCAUUUGUUUGUUUCCUUGUUCAAUGAAGAAGCCUUACUAUUAGUGGAAGGGCUGCAACUGUAGAAAAUUAAAGGCAGUCAGUAGUUCCAUGAUAAAAUGAACAGGUAGUGGAAGGUUGAAUCAGUUUCUAGGAAUAGACUGCCCAGUUUCCGUGCAUUGUUCUUCAGCAUGCAGUAGCAAGCUCCACCCUGAAUUCCAAGCAGGUUGACUUAGCAAAAAAGAGUUCUUUAUCAUGGCUAAAGACAUCUCCAGGUUCUCUGAUAUGGGGCUCUGGGUUCCUCAAGGACCAAGGAUUGGAGUGAUUGACAGAGAAAAUAUAGACCUGUACUACAUACUAGGAACCAUUGCUUCUGGACACUGUGCUUGUACAAAGUGACUCUUGGAAUACAAAGACAAAGGAUGUUGAUUAAAAAAAAAAAAAAAGGAAGAAACGAAGGAAGAAAACUACUGUUUCUUUCCUUGUCUCAAGUUCUCCAAUAUGGAGAGAAUUGCUCCUUCAAAGCCUCCUUCCCCUUUCAGAUUUUGAAGUGCAAUAGGAUCUUAUCUGUUUGUAUUUUCCCCUCUUGUUCUUGACCUCUUGCUCAUGGCGGUUGCUCAGAGUGAGUAGGACAUUUCCAUUCGCUUCUUCAUAUUCUCUUCUGGAAGAUAUCUGUUUGAUUCAACAUCGGCUUCAUCUGCUUUAUCUGCUUCGAAACUGCCUCUGCCCUCUUUCUUUUGUUUCUAGACAGAAAAGGUGUGUUAUCCUUGUGAUUGUAGCUCUUCAAUUUCUCACCCACCUUUCUAAGGCAGUCAGUAGUUCCAUGACCAAUGAACAGGUCAUGGAAGGUUGAAUCAGUUCCUAGGAUUAGACCAAUAGUUCCUGGAAGUUCCUCUUUGAGACUCAGAGAAAAAUCACAACUACUGUAUUCUUGCUUUAUCCACCCCUCUUAUGAAAAGUAGUAGGAAAAUCAUCUGGGUCACUCCAUCAUAACUUUCUUUUUUUGGGAUGGUGGUAUUGGACAUUGAACCCAGGGAUACUUUACCACAGAGCCAAACCCCCAUUCCUUUUUCUUUUCUCUUUUGAGACAGGGUCUUGCUAAGUUGCUGAGGCCAAUCUCCAUCUUGCAGUCCUCCUGCCUCAGCCUCCCUGGUUGCUGGGAUUACAGGUGUUGUAUCUACCAUGUCUGGCUUCAUUGUAGCUUUUGGUAAAAUGUAUAAAGCAAAUCAUCUCCCUGGCCUGAGUCAGGUUACUCCUGCCGGCUUGUCUCCUUUGAAGCAUUCUUAACAAAGAAUAUGUUUCUCAUUUGUAUGCCUCUCUAAUCUGUGAGCCCAGGGCUGGAACUUCCAAAAUGGUUCUAGUUUAGUGGAGAAGUUGCUCUGUGGUUCUCAACCCCGGUGCACUUUGGAGCUAUGGAGGAGCUUGUACACACUGGCAAUGCCAAAGUCCCCCAGCCACCAGAGACCUAGAUUUAAUUGGUCCAGGGUGGGGCCUGGGGAUCGGUACUGUUUUCAAGUCCUUAUGUGAUUCCGAAGUGCAGCAGGGUUGGGAACGUCGGACUAGUACCUUUUAGGGAGAGAACUGACUUAAAAUUACCUUCUCUUAACGUUUGCAGAGAAUUACAAGCGAUUGUAAAGAGGAACAAGAAUUGCCGUUUCUUUUUCUAUCCUCAUCAGUGGGAAUAUCCUUGUCACCGUCCAGGAAGGCAUGUUCCUGGGAUACUGUUUUGAAAUUUGAAAUACCUUUUCCCCAGAGAAGCAGUAUGCUAGGUGAGGGUGAUUAGGUAACUCAUGUACUAAGGUACAAUGGCUUGAUAGCCUUAGGAGUCUAAAUUUUAGAACAUGGUUUUAUUUCUGAAGAACCAUGUGUAAAUUCUAAACAACUAACUUAAAAAACAAAAAACAAAACAAAACAAGAAAAAAAAAACAAGACA